CACUUACACGAAAGGUAACCGAUCAUCACCAUCUUCAUCUUCCCUACUUUAACCUACAAGUUUUCUUUUCAAUCAUUCCACUUCCAAAACACGAACUAGGGUUUUAAAACCUCCACUCCAAGUUUCUCUAUUCGAAAACCUAUUCUUCUUAUUGAUCCUAAGUUUGCAGUUUUUUAAUCAACAUGCAAAUAAUAGGAUUUAACGCCACUAUGCUUAAAUCGAAAUACUCUCAUUAUAAUAUCGUUGAUGUUCCUAUUUUUAUUACAAAUCUGAAAUCGGAAAGGUAGGGGUUUAGCUAUAACCUCUUUCACGGUAUUGGAAAACCUAACAUUCACGUUAGCAGAGCUCGGUGGUUUAAUCAACAGUUGAACUUAUGGAUUCUUCAGAUACAGAGCUUUUUCCUGCCAUUCAGGAGGUUUUGCUGGAGUUUCGUGCUGGUAAAAUGCAUAUGGAAGGAACACGUGUUGUUGCUGAUCCACGUAAAGGACUUGUUCGAAUUGGAAGAGGAGAAGAAGGAUUAGUUCAUAUUCAGUGGCUUGAUCGAACUAAUAACACCAUUGAAGAUGAUCAAAUUGUUUUCCCUGAAGAGGCAGUUUUUGAGAAGGUUGGCCAAGCUUCCGGAAGGGUCUACAUAUUAAAGUUUCAGACAGAUGAUCGCAAGUGUUUUUUCUGGAUGCAGGAGCCCAGAGCUGAUGAUGAUGAAGAGCUGUGUAAAUCAGUCAACCUAUACCUCAAUCAACCAAUAGAUUUCCCUACUGAAGAAGAAGAAAACACUCUUGGUGAAGAUAUCUCAUCAAGGGCUGGAGAUUUAGUUGGACCAAGUACAGGUGCAGAAUUAAUUAGUGACGUGUCCUCUUCAGGACCUGUUAAAUUGUCAGAUCUUCAAAGAAUAUUAAGUAAUAUUGGACCUUCAGGUGAGGCAGCAGAUCCUGAUGGAGGUUUAGGAUUGGGUGAUAUCUUGAAGCCUGAACUUAUAUUGCCAUUGAUGGAGAAUUUAUCAUUGGAACAAGUGGCAUCCCAUUUGCCUGAGGGGCAAUGGAGUCCAGAAGAAUUAAUGGAGCUGCUACAAAGCCCUCCUUUCCGCCAACAAGUAGAUUCUUUCACUUAUGUGCUCAAGACUGGUCAAAUAGAUUUGACUCAAUUUGGAGUUGACCCGAGUAAAUAUAAGUUCACAGUGCUGUCUUUUCUUGAGGCCCUUGAAGAUUCUGUUGCUAAAACAUCUAAUUCCGAUGAGCCAAUGCAAGAUGCUGAGGAAUCUUGAUCAAGUAGCUGCUAGACUCAUUUGCAUAACAGAUAUUGAUUCAAAAGAUUACAGAUUUGUGUUUGUGGAUAUUGCAAGUGUUUUGUAUUUUGAAUUUAUAGACAUCUCGUGUACACAAAAAUUAGUACAAGUUUUUAAGUUACUUCGUUUUUAAGUGUUUUGUGUGCCAGAAUGCACAGAUUUGGACCAUCGGAUGAAUAAAAUCAAUGAUUAUGAUUUGAGGGUCUA